UACCUAUCGAGGACGAUUCCUUUAUCAUGGAUGAUUUUCUAGCGCCCAUUCAAGAUGCCUUUGAGGGCCAAAUUGAUUUCUCUGGGCAACGAACUACGGAACUUCUAUCUACGGCGCUUUUGACUAUAUCCGGCCUGAGCGCUUUCCUCGUCGGGUACAUCUUACAAGAUAUCCAUCUAACGUUCUGGACGGGAUUAGCCGGCUCACUCUUUACCGGACUCAUUGUGAUCCCUCCGUGGCGUUUCUACAACAGGAACCCUGAAAAGUGGCUGGUUCCAUCCGCUGGCGGAAAAGGUUCGUAGUAAAGAUUCGUGGUAGAGGGUGUCAGUGUCGCGUGAAAUGUGCUGGAGGCUGUCUUUCGGACCUGGGACGGCACCGCUUUUCGUUGAGAUUGUACAUGUCCCAUGUUAUUGAGUU